UGUUUAUCUUGUGCGGAUACGACCAAACUGAGAGAGUCACGUGACCAAACAAGCUCAUGUCAUGACUAGCCACAGCCCAGCCACAGAAUGCGCCACCCUCUAUCGAUAAUCCAAGUUCUUGCUUCCGACAACGCACAGCUCGUCCGCACCACCUCCGCCGGGCUUCGCAUUUUGCUUAGAAGCACGGCUACGUUGAUUAAGCGACAAUAUGCCUCCUCCGCAGAUCAAGCAGGACCUGAACCGGUCCGGAUGGGAGACAACCGAUUUCCCCUCCGUCUGCGAGAACUGCCUCCCAGACAAUCCUUACGUUCAGAUGCUCAAGGAAGACCAUGGCGCAGAAUGCAAGAUCUGUACCCGUCCCUUCACCAUAUUCCGCUGGAAAGCCGACCGCACCGCGCGCCAAAAGCGAACCAGUAUCUGCCUGACCUGCGCGCGGUUGAAGAACUGUUGUCAGUGUUGCAUGCUCGAUUUGUCUUUCGGGCUUCCCAUUGUGGUUCGUGAUGCCGCUCUGAAGAUGGUCGCCCCCGGCCCCGAAAGCACUAUCAACCGCGAAUACUACGCCCAAGGUCACGAGAAGGAAAUCGAGGAGGGGCGCGGUGCGGUUGAAGAAUACGAGAAGACGGAUGAGAAAGCCCGGGAACUGCUCCGAAGACUCGCCAACAGCGAACCCUACUACAGAAAGCCCCGCCAGAUUGAGGCACCGUCCGGGGACGGAGAGGGUGAGCCUUCAGCAUCCAGCGACGCGCCAGUGGUACAUAGCCGAUACGGAAAUGGCCCAGGGCCCAUCCGAACAAGCGACAGCAGAAGGGGAACACCACUUCCUGGCAGAGGACGAGGAGGUAUGCGUGGUGGCCGUGGAGGCCGUCCAUUCCCCAGCGCCGCCCAGGUGCCCCCAUCGGCAGAAGAUAUCCUACCUCCCGCGGACCCGAACAUCACCUCGCUCUUUGUUACCGGUGUUGAAGAUGAUCUUCCGGAACAUACUCUGCGUACAUUCUUCUCACAGUUUGGACAAUUGCGGUCAUUGAUCUGCUCCCACCGCGCUCACUCCGCGUUCAUCAACUUUGCUUCUCGCGAGAGUGCUGAGGCAGCCGCGAAGCAUUGCCAGGGUAGGGCUGUCAUCGAGGGCUGCCCUCUGCGUGUUCGGUGGGGCAAGCCUAAGCCUUUGGAUAACAUGGAGCGCGAAGAGCGCAUGAAGAAUGCUCGGGAAGGUCGGCAGGCGGCAGGCCCGCGGCUCGCCGAUUCAGGAAAGAGAGCCAUCACAGCUGCUGGGGAUGAGCUUGGAAAAGACCAGAGACCACGGAACUAUACUGUCGCGCCGCCUCCGGGCGCUGGAGAGAUCCAGUACUCCAGCUUGUCUGGUGAUUAAACUGCAUUUCGACUCAUUUCACUUGUUUUCUACGGAUUCAGGAACAAGGAGGCUUCAAUGUAUGUUCGUGAGCGGGCGUUGUGUAUUUCUACAUUUUGAUUAAACCAUAAAAUACCCCCAAAGAGACGCCGGAAGGAGAGAGAAAAGUUUGGGUAUACUAUAAUACAAUCUGCAAAUGCAAUAGUCUGCAGCCAUCCUUACACCCACGCAUAUGCUUCUUAAGGAACACUAUGCCGAGCAUGGUUUAUCCACCUUGACCUUCUUUCCUGCAAUCUUGAUCGAGUCGUUGU